AUAGCAUUCAUGAAGGAUACACGUUGAACUCUCACUUUCUAUUUCUGCAUCCCUCGCCUUUUCUUCUCCUUUCUUUCUAUAAAAGCUUCCAUUCUCUUCAUCAAGUACAUGGCGUCAGACAUUUCAACGAUUUUUCCGAGGGUUCUUAUCGUCUCUCGACGGACCGUUCGCAAGAACAAGUUUGUAGAUUUUGUGGGAGAAUAUCAUCUUGAUCUUAUAGUAAACUAUGGAGCAGUACCUGUAAUCGUCCCAAGAGUUAGUGGAGUCCACAUGCUGCUAGAAAGCUUCGAGCCAAUCCAUGGCGUUCUCCUAUGCGAGGGUGAAGACAUUGAUCCAUCCCUUUACGACGCAGAGCUUUCUGGCUUUUCCCCAGAAGAAAUUGAAGAGAUCAGGCGGUUGCAUGCCAGUGACAUAGCCAUUGAUCGAGAGAAAGAUUCAAUUGAGUUACUCCUUGCUAAGCUUUGCCUGGAAAGGAGCAUACCCUUCUUAGGCAUCUGCAGGGGAUCGCAGGUCCUUAACGUUGCAUGUGGAGGUAGCCUUUAUCAGGACGUAGAGAGAGAACUCUCAAAGAAGUGCCCAGAAGGGCAGAGAGUGGUUCAUAUGAACUACGAAAAUUAUGAUGGGCAUCGGCACAUAGUGAAGGUGGUGGAGAACACCCCUUUGCAUCACUGGUUUAAAGAUUCUUUGGAGGCUAACAAAAUGGAUAUAUGGGUAAAUAGUUAUCAUCAUCAGGGCGUUAAAAGAUUAGCUCAGAGAUUCGUCCCAAUGGCCUUCGCUCCUGAUGGCUUGGUUGAAGGAUUCUAUGAUCCCCACGUUUAUAAUCCCGAAGAGGGUAACUUUAUCAUGGGUCUGCAGUUUCAUCCUGAGCGGAUGCGACAACCGAAUUCUGAUGAUUUUGAUUAUCCAGGAUGCCCCUCUGCAUAUCAGGAAUUUGUCAAGGCAGUGAAAGCUUACCAAAAGAAGCUCAAUGGUUCAGCAUUUGUGGCCAAGACUCUAAAGCUUGACGAAGAUGUGGAGAAGAAGAGAAAGGUGAUUGGUCGAAGUUUCUCAAUUGCAAGAGACAUGUACAGCACCCGCAGAGGAAUGCUUGGGGAAGAGGAAUCUGAACUCGAAGUUGGAGCAAAGUUUCUGGAGGCAAAUACAGCAUUGAGUUUGCAGCAGGAGAAGAGGUUGAAGCAGAUGGGUGCAACAGUGAGAAAUGCUUCAGUGUACAUGGAAAGGUUGAAGAUGAAUGAGGAAAAGGAAAAACUUGCAAGGACAAUGAUGGGGAAGAUGUCCAUUGAACAGUUAUCCGAAAUUGUGUCCUUCUACCACAUGAUGGGGCGAAUUUGUUCAGAGGUUUUAGAGAGAAAACUUCACAACUUGACGAAUGAAAUUGGUGGCUGAGUUUUCUCCCUUUAUGAAGGAAGGAACAGUGUGGACCUCGAUAUGAUCUACAUUUUUUUCUCUGAAGCCCCACACAGAUCUUGAAUAGGCCUCCUGCAUUUUUGGUGUUUUGGUUGUCGACUGUAGUCAUUUUCCCCAUCAGCCAUGAAAAUCAAAUUCAAAACAUAAUCUCUAGCUCUUUUAGUCUUUUCCAUAUAUACGAUGGAAUGGAAGCGAAUUGUUAUCUGAUCCAUACGGGAAAAUGCAUUUUCUUUUAAAAUUGUCUCAUUAAUAUUAUUUUAUUUUUU